AUGUACGAAGGGAUUGACAACCUGAAAUCCCUUUACGACCGUGCCGGGAAGACUUUCUCCGGCGGUCCUUCUGCGGCACAGUAUGUGCCGCGUCGUACUGCUCAACCAGACCCAGUACGUCGAUCAUCAGUUGGGAGCGGGGCUCCCAAGAAUCCCAGGACGGGGGAUAGCCGCGCCACCGGACGAGAUAACUCGUCCGACGUCCGUUCACGUCGCGGUGGUUCAACAGCUGCUCAACUAGAUAGCGCUGGCCACCACGAGAGUCCUCUAAUGCAGGUGGAGGAGGAGGAAAGAAGCUCUCCACACGAUCAUGUGGAUCGGUGUGUUCCUGAGAGCUUCUUUGAUCGCGUAACGCAAGGGUUACGCGACGAUCUCGAACAUGAGCGGAAUAGGCGUCUCCAAAUGGCGGACACUGCCUCGAAGCAUCGAGCUGAGUUUGCCUUUGCUCAGCUUGAGAACGAGAGAUCUCUGACAUCUCUUCGUGACGAGCUAAGGGUAGCUCGUGGGAUUGUUGAUCCGUCUCGGGCUGAGAUAACUGCUCUUCAGACCCUUGUUGAUGCCCACCAUCGGGAGCACAAGGCUCUCUGCGAGAUGCUUGAGCGCAAGGGCGUUCUUCAUCGGAAGAAGCAGCGUACUGAUGGUACGGCUUAA